CUGUCUCUAGUAUUCUUCGCGUCCUCGGUGGAAGAAGAACUAGUGCUCCUGUGUUUGCGAGAGUUGUCGACACGCGAUCCAGAACUUUUCUGAAAGUUAUUUUCAACGAAAAUAUGAUUUGUCAAGUACGAUUUGUUUUGCUUGGACUUCUGGCAAUAUUCGUGGUUAAAGUGAAGUCCGCUACUUCUACUGGUGGGGGUGCUAAUGCUGUAGUGGAAGAGCCGGAAUUCACCGAAGUUAUCGAAAAUGUGACUGUUGCCGCCGGACGAAAUGUUAAGUUUUCCUGCUCGGUCAAAAAUUUGGGAACUUACAAAGUUGCUUGGAUGCACUACGAACAGUCAGCAAUCCUCACCGUUCACACUCACGUUAUUACACGAAACCCUAGAAUAAGUGUGUCCCAUGAUAAACAUCGUACUUGGUUUCUUCAUAUAAGCAAUGUUCAAGAAGAAGAUAAAGGAAGAUAUAUGUGUCAGAUCAAUACUGUUACUGCCAAAACACAGUUUGGAUAUCUCCAUGUUGUUGUCCCGCCAAACAUUGACGACUCUGUUAGCAGUAGUGACGUCAUAGUUCGCGAGGGAGCAAACGAGACACUUGUCUGCAGAGCAACUGGAUCUCCAGAACCUAAAAUUAAAUGGAAGAGAGAUGACAAUACAAAUAUCCAAAUUAACAAAACAUAUCAAGUUGAAUCAUUUGAAGGAGAAAAACUAGAGCUUACUAAAGUCUCAAGGUCCGUGAUGGGAGCUUACCUUUGUAUUGCUUCAAACGGUGUUCCUCCCACAGUAAGCAAGAGGAUUAAAGUUAGUGUAGAUUUUCCACCAAUGCUUUGGAUUCCACACCAAUUGGUCGGAGCACCUUUAGCUUACGCAGUUACAUUGGAAUGCUUUACUGAAGCACAUCCAAGCUCAUUGAACUACUGGACAAGAGAAGACGGCCAAAUGAUACAUGAAUCACGUAAAUACCAUUCUGAGAAUAUUGUUGGUUUUCCAGCCUAUAAGACUCAUAUGCGGCUGACCAUAAACAAUAUUCAACAAAGUGACUAUGGCACCUAUAAAUGUGUUGCUAAAAAUCCAAGGGGUGAGACUGACGGAACGAUACGACUCUACAUAUCUUCACCUCCUACCACCUCUCCAAAGCCCACGACCACAGAAACACCUAGUAGAGUGAAAGAUUGGGGAGUCAGCGAUCUUAACAACACGAUUUAUGGCAACCCUUCUUCUCUGACUAUACAUCUUGAUAAAGGUGCAAAGUACCAAUCAAACCUAAAUGAAAUUGAUAGAUCUGAACAAAAGUCUGGAGUAGAUAAUGAAAGUAAAGGAGGAAUAUUCGAUGAAAAAAGCCCUGCUUCGUUUAUAGAUGGAUCUAUUCAGCGUAUACUCGUUAUCCAAGUGAUAGUCUUCACGCUCCUGCGGUGAACAGCUUAAUGAGGUAAUACAGGUAUUUUAAAAUUAGUGUUAAGAUAAGAAAAACAAUGUUAACUGUAAGCCAAGAGGUUGCUUAAGUGUAAAAUUGUUUAUAUGUAUAAUCUAAUUAAAAAUAACAAAGACUGAGAUUGACUAGAUUCAAAGAUUAUAUAUUGAAAAUCACGAGGACUAUUUCAAAAUUUAGAUAAUGGUGUGUUUUAGUACAUAUUUACAACAUAAACGUUUUGCAUAUGGUUAAAUAAAAACUGGGGUUAAAUAAUAAUACACGGUCGCAUUGUCGUAUUUAAAUAAGUGAUUAUUUUUAAUUUAUUAUUUUGAGCUGCAAAUUACAUAUAAUAAAACAUUUUAUUACUUGCUCACUGUCGUUUCAAAUCAAAAUUUAGGUGAUUAGUAAAUUAAUUAGUCUGCCUCUUAAACACAUUAAUUAAAGCUUUUAAAAUGUUAAAUAUACAGUGUUCUUAAAACAUUAUUUUUUUAUAUACAAUAUGGUUGCUUCGCGUUAGUGCCAAAUGUUUAUUCAGUGCCAAAUAUAAAAUCGAAAUUUACUUGCCCUUACUUGAACACUCUAUAUUUGCUUAAUAUAUAAUAAUGUAGCAGUUUCAUAAGAACAUUAUAACUACAUUACCAAUGUAGCUUUUAUAAAUUAUAAUUUGGUAUGGUUAAGUCGUAAAUGUUAUUAGAUAUCGUAUAAAAAUGCUUUCGUCGUAAGAAUAAAAUUACAGGGUAAAAUUCUUCAUAUAUUACAGCACCCCUUCACUACUAGAAUAUAUUGAUCUUUAUAGGAAGGGUUGUUCCUAUAUAAGUUAAUAGCUCAUUAUAAAUACAUAUUUGCUUUAUGGUUCUUAUUAAAGUGGUAACUCGAUGUAAGUACAAUCUUCAUCCUACAGUUAGAAUGUAUGUAAAUAAAUUAUAUAAGACGCGGUAUAUAGACGUAUUUACUGGUUUAAUUUGCAAAUUGUUUAAAAUAGAAUUGUUUCAGUAAAAUUUAACUUAAAUACUGAAAUUUUAAUGCAAUUUUUACCUGUGAUUAAUAAAUUAUGUAUAAACACAAACGAGAGCUUAUAGAACAAAAAAUAUUACAAAAUGUCACAUCUGUCAAUUUAAACAACAUUUGCUUUAAUGGCGCUUGAUCUACAAAG